AUGCAUAUAGCGGGUCGAACCCAACCGUGGUUUGGCUUCUUGGUAUAUAUGGAGCUCCGUCCCUUGCUCCCUUGCGCCGUCAAACUUUCGGGGCGGGAGCGUGCCUGGCUGGCGCUGGGAGCCCGAGCUGAGAGCUGGGUGCUGGGGCUGACAAACUCAUUUCAUCUCAUAGAUCGUAUCGGAAAUCAUCGCCGCCUUUCCGAGACGGGCACGUGUGGGACAAGGACGAAGAAGAUAGCAGACUAUCUGGAAGACAUCAUCAGGUGUACGAUCGUUGCGAUCAACUCCCGAGACUUCGCCAUCGACAGUCUCGCCUGGCAGAGCAUGUGUGAUAAUUGCGAGAGGCCAAAUGCCGCGGGCAUUGCUGGGGGCACACAAAGCAAAUGUGAAGUACAAGAACAAUUCGGGGCACUGGCCACUGCACAUCCAGACGUCCAAAUGGAGCGCCCAUCUCGAUCCUCACAUGCCGUAUCAUGGCAGCGAUGCUGGGACCGGACUCUGGAAUACCAAGUUGGCAUUGCCGUAAAGAAACGUGGCUGCUUCCUGCUAGAUCGAGCGACAACUCGGGAGAUGCGCAAAACCGGAGGAUGUCUGCUUCGUAUUACAUUUACCAGAUCUGAAGUCUGCAAUGCAGUCUUUGUGGUGGUCUACGUAUGGCAGCACACUUCCGUUGACCUCGUCCAGUGCUGGGUUCUUUGCCAUGCUCUAUGGAAGCUACGAGAUAUCCUGCAGGCAUGCGAGGAUCUCUCCAGGUGGCAGUGGACUUCGUCAUGCUGGGUUCUACCGGACAUCAGCGAAAGCUUCCAGACGAGACUCCUUUCCUCCUUGCCUUGUGUGUUGCUGACUGUCGCUCAUACUGGCCUUAUUGGGAUUGCUGCCAUGUCUUCUAAUGAGACACCUGCUCUAUCUCCAAUAUACCAGAGAUCAUCACACUUACUGUCGAGGAGUUAUCUAUGGCGAGCUCAAGUCGGCAGAGAGAGCUCAUCAAUGGCCAGAGGGAGCGGAGCCUCAUGCUGGCUUCAACGUCGACAACGACAUGCACCGGCAGCACCAGCUGCAAUGAAUAGACCCGACUGCCAAGCUACAUCGAUAUUGUCAAACAAUGAGGCCAGGCCCGGCAUCUGCCGCUUACUGCCGCCCUCCUCCAUUUGUGCAAUCCCUUCUUCAAGCAUCAGCAACGGCUCCAAUGCCACGCGAGCAUGGAGAGCUGCGACACGCAAGAAAGUCAAUGAUACUACAACCGACUUUGCUGAGGACCUUCUGAGGACUUCUUGGCGCACUCAGCUUGCCGUCGAGUCGCUGCAGCACUUCUUCCUCUCCUCAGCGACUAAUCGCGAGUAUUUAACCUACAGAACCAUCCCACUUCUCUAUUCACCACCUUUUCCUGCAUCAUUCACAUGCAACCUGAAACACGUCCCAGCCAUCGGCACAAUCGCUUCACUCGUCAGUACAAAUAUUUCCUUCCGCCACUCUUUUCUUCUUUCCUUUUCACAACCACAUCCGCGACCAUCUGCUUCCAAGUUGAACACUCUACCAGCAUCUCGAACAACUUCAGACUCCACAUCAUUGCAGUCAAGCAUACAUCGCAACUUACACCAACUCCAACUAUCAACCAUGCCAGUGCACGUCGACGCAGUCAACUUUGUGCUUCAGCAAUAUCUCUACGAACACGGCAUUCCACGCUCCGUUACUGAUCAGGUUACCGCCGAGUCCGUUCUUGCAAGCGUCAAAGCAGAGCUCGCGGCACAGCAGUCCCCGCCACCAACCACUCCCGGCGCCGUCCCACCUGCCCAGCAAGCUCAGCAGCCUCCAGCAGCACCUGUAGACUCGAGUCCUCGCGACAGCGUUAUCGAUGCUUCCGUCAACCACUCUGCGAGCGCACCAGCCGCAGAGGCACCACAAUCAACUCCAGAAGCACCAGAAGCUUUCGAGACGCAGGAGCGAGAGGCGCCCGCAGAAGGUGAGGACAGCGAGCACCUCGACGAGACCGUCCAAGAUCACAUCAGCGACUCCGGUCUGGACCAUGAUACCGAGAGCGUCACGUCAACUCCAGAACCUUCAGCAGGCUCGCAAAGCAUCGAGUACCCGGGCGUCCUGACCUACGAGCUUACCGCUCUCGAACCUUCCGCGACCGCUCUUUCCGCCGAUCCCAAGCGCUUCAAGGCCAAGGAAGUUGCUCUCAGAGACUGCAUCGAGUACCUCAUCCUCCGCCUCGCUGCCGUCUGCAUCAUCCUCGUCCGCCACGACAACGUCGCAAGAGCCAUCCCGUUCGGCCAAUUCGCAGUCGACCUGUACGGUCAAACCAUCUUCGCCUCCGCCCUCACCUACUACGAAAACGCCGCCUUCGAAGACGAAGACGCCCUCGACGACGACGAUGAAGACCUGAUCGAGGUUGCCAAGCGAUGCAUUUCAGACUGCGUUUGCGUCCUCAAGCAAAACUGGCACGACCAGAGUCGCAUGGCAACCAAACUCCACAACAUUGCCGUCGCCGAGCAGAUGUAUCGCGAUCCGGCUCUAGAUGUUGUCGCUCCGGUUUCAGAGACGCCAGCACGCGCUCCAGGCGGUAGUCCGUCGAAGGGUGUUACGAAGAAGAAAAUCGAGAAGAAUCGCACAUCCUCCGGUCCUCCAGUCAAGGGUGUCGCACGUAAGGUGCACAAGGAGAAGAAAAAUCGGGCGAACAGAGCCAAGAUCAUGACUCUGUUUUUGGGUGGUAGGUACAAUGAUUUGGAGCGAUGGCGUGGUGAGGUGAACGCUAUCAUCAAUACGAAUGUGAAUUUCCCACUGCUUCGUUCUCAUUUUACCUACUUGAAGCUAGCUACAAUCGCAUUGGAGCGAGGUUGUGGUGAGGUGAGCGUUAUCAUCAAUACGAACGUGAUCGCGUGGCUGACUCUGAUCAAGCGUAUGAUCUGGGCCUCUGGAGGGAAUGGAAGCUUGUCGCCUGUGGAUCUCUGGGGUUUGGCGUGGAGCUUGUCCCGACUCCCAACCAGGCCAGGCCAGGGGCUUCCAGGCUUCUCGCCGCCAAGCCUUGAAGCAGGUACACACUUCACCUGCGAUUGGAUGCCUGACUACAAGCGAGCGAUGCCGACAGCUAUACGAGAGCAAGAUCAGCCUUCACAAGCAAAAUACUCUGACCACUGCUCACCGAGCCUUUCACUGAGCGACGCUGCCGACUCUUCGAGCCUUACAGACACCUUGUCCGGCAACCUGGUCGACUUGAUAUGCACGUCAUACGGCGUGCCGAAAUACAUCGAGCCCCAAGGCGUUGCAAGGACUCCUGAGAAGACCAAGUAUGGACGCAAUCCUUUUCCAGCGGAUGACAAUGAGGACCCCAAUAUCGUCAAGGAUAUUCUGACAUCGCGGCGAGUCUUUCAGUCAGCUGAGACCACAUUGAGAUCGUUCUUGACGAGUCAAUUCCUCAUCUGGGGCUCGAGCAUGCCGUCGGUAUACUCACGGACGACUGACGGUAGCUGCUUCGAUUACGCUGUACUCAUGAUGGACGGCAUUUGUGCUAGCAUUCCCUACCAUUUGCACAAGGUGGACUCGAACAGCAAGCCAACCACGCCUGAUGCUCGUGGCGUCAUUGGAGCUCAUGCCCUGGUCUGGCCUCUCUCCGUCGUGUUGCAACACGCCGAAGCCGACACUUGGCAUCGAAAACUGUCAAGAAACGCGAUCGCUGAGAGUGUUUUCCUGGAAACUGUCAUGUUCUGCACAACAAAAUCUUCGGAGACAAUUACAAAUGAUCGCCUUUCCUCGUGGCAGAACCUCGAUGCCACGACUUCUCACAUACGCCAGUUGAAGCUAUCAUCGACUGCAGACUUGACCGUGGUUGAAUUCAGUUACAUAGAAGUCCCAACGAAGUUGUUUCGGGGGCGUUUCACCUCACCUAAACGUGAGCUUGAGAUUUCAAGCUUUCAUAUAACACACACAUACGAGAUUCGAAUGACUCAAAUCUCGACAAUCCCAGAUAUCAAUCGCCUAUUUAUCGAUCUCGAAGAAAAUUUCGAUUUUCAAGCUCUCUGCGAUCUAUUGAAUAGCUUUAUACUCAAAGGCUCAAAGACGUCGCACAUUAUCACAUCACCUCACCUAAACCCCUCCGCCACAGAAUGGAACGAAUUCUCAACAAUCGAAGGCUGA